AUGGCAACUUCGACCGAGGAGAGAAGCUGUCGCACUUGCAAGGUGCCUUGCGGCAACUGUGACAAAUCGAAACGGAAAUGCAUACCGGCGGGCUUCCAACUCUUUUGGCCAAGCGAGAGCGACAAGCGCCGCUUCAUAAUCCCCAAUGUGAAGCAAGCUGCCUCAACCCGCACGAAACCGAUUCAGCACCACUUUCUGAACGUAGAGAAACGGCACUUUGAGACCAGGCUAGAUGCGCUAUCAUUCGGAGCGGCCUUCAUAACUGCGAGGGUCCUUGCGCCUACGCCGUCGAGAUUGACAUUUCUUCCCUCCUCGCUUGCCUCCGUUCAGGACGGGAGUCAGAAUCUUUCCUACUUCUACCUCGUCGUCUCGAGAACAUUACCAAAUUUAGGUGGCACGGUCGAGCCUUUUCGGGAUUUGCUUAUGAAAUUGGCAUUGACAGAUGACAGUGUCUCGUCUCAAGCAGUUCUGUUCUCCGUCUUGUCACUCUCUUCUCUGCACUACCGACAAGACGGCCGCAGCGUCGAAUUCAAGGCUUCGACAUUGAAGGCUCUCGCACAAUGUGCCGCGACAGGCAACUUUACGAGUGGCCAGAUCCUGCAGCAUGUUGCUGCAGGCGUUCUCCUCGCCCGUGUUGAGAUGGCAUUGUUGACAGAUGCGACGACUUUGUGGCCAUUAUUCGUAUGCGGCGUCAAAACCUUGCUCACGAGUGUUUGGGAGAAAAAUCAGCUUCAUCUCACUCAAGAUCUGAAAUUACUGUAUAAAUACGUUCAGUAUCACAGCCUCAUGUCAAAUUUCUCCUUGAGGCACUGGCGGAAACCAAGAUCCGUUGAUCGUUCAUAUCGCGUACGAUUUAAAGGACAUGAGCACGAAUUUCUUUGCGCCAAGUCGUUGUCAAUUCCUGCGCUUCAGUGCUAUAUCUCACCUGAAGUUCAACUUCUCACUGAGGUUGUCGACGUGGUCUUGCUACCUGAACAACUCGGCAUCCAUUCAUCUGAGUAUCGCGAUGCACUCAAUGAUCUCGGCCGCAGAAUUCGCGAGGCUUAUGACGGUGCCACGGAAGAGACCGUCAACCUUUGCGCUCCAGCGGGUAAGGUGGUGGGAAUUGCAGCUGAAGUCGUCGAGAGAAAGAUAUUCAUCGCAGCAAUCUGGAUCUACUUCUUUCGAACCGCCCAGCGUCUUGCUGGACCCUCUGUCAUCACUCAGAAACUUCUGACGGAUACUCUCGAUGACUCUAGCACGGGCAUUGAGGCACUUGCGACCUGCAACAUACCUUUCGCUCUCUUCGUCUUGGGCUGUGAAGCCGAGACAGACGCCCAUAGGAAAGUUGUGCUGGACUGCAUAUCCCGCAGUGCCAGAGCUGCUUUGCCGGGUGUAAAGUCGGAUCCUGUCCACGCAUCACCGCAAAGAGCUGGAGAGAUCCUAGACCUGCUGGAAGACAUUUGGGCAUUAGAUGACAUACGCGCUGACCGGGACAGCGGACAGUACUUGGACUACGGGCAGAAGUUACAUUCAGUCUUCACGUCGUAUGAGCUACUCCCAGCACUUGCUUGA